AUCACUAGAAAUACACUACAGGGUAGAGAGAAACACAAACGAAGAGCUUGAUAAGUAGGAGAAAAUGGGUUCAGAUUCUCAGUACCAGAUUCCGGCCAUAGCGUUCACAAUCAACUCUAGGGAGGUGGACCGAGGAACUGAUGAGUGGUACCAUCUGUGCAAGAUGGUCAGAGAGGCUUGUGAAAAUUAUGGUUGCUUUGAAAUUUUGUAUGAUAAGAUACCUUCCCAGUUAAGAGCUGAAACCUUCUCUGUGUCAAGGCAACUUUUCAGCCUUCCACUUGAGAAAAAGAAGAAAAACCUUAAUCCAAAGCCUUACCAGGGUUACCUCGCACCAAGUGACACAGCUCCCUUGUAUGAGAGCUUCGGCCUAGAGGAAGCCUCCAAUUAUGAAUCCCUUAGAAGCUUGACAGAAGAAUUAUCUCCCAAUGGUCAUGAUCAGUUUUGCACUGUCAUUUCUAUGAUGAAGCAGCUGGAUGAGUUGAAAGAAAUGAUUAACUUGAUGAUUCUUGAUAGUUAUGGGUUGGGAGAGAAUUCAACUUCGACUUUGCAGUCUAAGACACUGCUACGGAUAAUGAAAUACCGGGCACCUCCUUCGAAGGACUACACUACGGCGCUCCCGGCUCACACUGACAAGGGGUUGGGCACAAUUCUUUGUGAUGAUCAAGUUUCAGGUCUUGAAGUUGAAACAAAGGAUGGCCAAUGGGUCAAGUUGUCUCUAUCUCCUCGUUCCUUGGUCUUUUUUGUUGCAGAUUCGCUCAUGGCAUGGAGCAAUGGAAGAAUGCAUUCUGUGAAGCAUCGAGUGAUGAUGCGUGGAGAAAAAGAACGAUAUUCUUUAGGAAUAUUUGCAGUUCCAUUUGAGGGUGCCAUCAUUAAGGCACAAAAGGAGCUAGUAGAUGAAGAACACCCCCAAAUUCUUAACGAUUUUGAUUAUACAGAGUUUAGCAAGUUCUUUGCUUCGGAAAAAGGAAGGCUCGUUGCCCCAGAAAAGCAAGUUUUCGUAUAUGCUGGAAUUAGCACUUGAUAUGUUAGUUCCCGAAAAGCUUACAAAUUUGUAUCCGCAGUCUGCAAAUCUUAUGAAGGAUAUUGGAAAAUAAAGGUUGUUGUCUGUAUAACUUUGGCAUUGUAAUUACCUCUAUAGUAUACUAUAUGUUGGACCUUUUUUUUCCAACUAG